CGCUGCAUGAGUGAAAAGCAUAACGUAAAACCUUAUGUCAUCCUUUGACUCCGAAGGAGAAACACUCCGGCCGACUGUAGUCCUCUUGGGAAAACAUCGCGCAUGUGCUUACCGAGAAGGUGGCAUACGGCAGCCGGACUAGAGCGCUUCUGGAGGAUAUAGAGGGGACGGUGAGAAGCCGAGACUGGACAAUGUAUGUGAACACUGGAGAUUAUCACACGUGUCAUCACCUCAACUCGCUGUUACAAACCCUGCUGGCAAGGAUGCUGCUGCCAUAGUAAUGGGAGAGUACACACACACCAGGCGGCCUGCUGCUUUUUCAUUGUCCUCACCCGCGCAAAAUGUUGACACUCAAGUUUCUCCUGGCUACGAUAGUCGUCGCCGUCUUACCAAUGAAGGCGAGUCAAGACACAGUCCCAGUCGGUGCAAUUUUUGACAGAGAUUCUGUGGAGAUCCAUACGGCGUUUCGGUUUAAAAUCCAAGAUGUGAACAUCAACGGGCAGUUGAGGGCGAAGCUAAACUUCACGGUAGCAUUAAUUGACGUGAAAGACAGCUACACCCUGAGUGAGAGAAUGUGCUCGUUGAUGUCGCACGGUGUAUUCAGCCUGUUUGGCGUGACUAAGUCCGGUUCGGUUAAUGCAGCUCAGUCUAUCAGCCAGGCCCUGCACAUGCCCUUCAUCACUCCCAGCCUGGCACGAGGCACUGCGGAUGACCUGUACCAGUAUGAGAUCAAUAUGUACCCGUCCUACAUAGAGGCCAUUGUAGACAUUAUCAAUUAUUAUAAGUGGGGAAAAGUUUACUACGUGUAUGACUCGGAUGAUGGUCUGGCGCGGCUGAUCAAACUUUACGAGUUUUUUAACGAGGAACAUCACGAGUUGAGUGUGGACAUGAGAAGAGUGGACGAUGUUAGCGACGCUUACGAGAUGUUGAGGAAGCUGGACCGGAGUGCCCUGCCCGACGAGAUCGGCGUGAUGAGGAUUGUUCUGGAUCUCUCCUCGAUGGAAGCUUACAGAGCCAUUCUUCGUCAGAUAAUAGACGUGGGCAUGAACAGGGAGAAUUAUCACUAUUUACUAGGUGGUGUGGGUAUGGAUGAAUUGGAUUUGACCAUAUUUACAUAUGGCGGAGUGAACAUUACUGGUUUUCGGCUGUUGAACUACAGCUCCCCGACCCUGAAGGGUUUUUUACGCACAUGGAGCAGUUUGAGUAACGAAUCUUGGCCCCGGCCCCUGAGAGGUCGAAUUGGGCACGAGGCAGCGCUGAUGGUGGAUGCCGUAGCCGCCUUUUCUAAAGCUAUGGGCAGUAUGAACCAUAGCGUAAGUCAGGGCGUGUUCCGCCGAGGGGAGCUCUAUAACAAUAAUACCCCGGGCAUACCCUGCAGCCGUCCAGGCGUCCGAAGACCCAGUCCGUGGACUCUAGGGCCUAAUAUACUUAGCGCUAUCAAACAGACAGAAUUCACUGGAAUAACGGGAAAAGUAGCGUUUGAUGAGCACGGUUUCAGAAAAGACUACACACUUGAUAUUUUGGAGUUGUCAUACAGACGAUUACCUACCAAGAUUGGGACUUGGAACCAGAGGGACAGAUACUUGACGGACAGGCCUCGACCGCACGACAUGUACAGAAUUGAAGACUUUUCAAACACAACAUAUAUCGUGACGUCUAUAAAGAGCGAACCAUUUAUGAUUGAGAGAGCUCAACCAGAGGACGGUCAUCCUUUAGUAGGCAACGAUAGGUAUGAAGGCUACUGUAUGGAACUCACCGAAAAGCUCUCCGUAGUUUUGGGCUUUGAUUACUUGGUAGAGCUGGUCAAAGAUGGCCAGUACGGCAGCAGACGUCAGAACGGCACCUGGAACGGCAUGGUCGGAACUUUAAUUCGUGGAGAAGCCCACAUGGCGGUGGCUCCACUCACAAUAACAGAGGACAGAGAGAGGGUCAUAGACUUUACAAAACCCUUUAUGAAAACAGGAAUCAGUAUUAUGAUUAAGGAACCCGUAAAACAGAAAGCAGGGGUCUUUUCCUUUAUGAACCCUCUGUCGAAGCGGGUCUGGGCUUGUAUAAUCUUGGGUUAUUUUGGCGUUAGUUUGAUACUGUACAUUGUAGGCCGGUUCAGCCCGUAUGAAUGGCAUGAGGCCAACGGUAAAGCGGACAACGGUGAAACAGUGGACAAGGUUCCAUCGGAGCUGACCAAUGAGUUCACGUUUCAAAACACUUUGUGGUUCUCACUGGGUGCCUUAAUGCAGCAGGGUUCUGAUAUAUCCCCAAGGUCAAUAUCGGGGAGGAUUGUGGGAAGUUGCUGGUGGUUUUUCACGCUGAUCAUCAUUUCCUCCUACACAGCAAACUUGGCGGCCUUCCUGACAAUAGAAAACAUGUUAACACCAAUAGAUUCGGCAGACGAUCUAGUCAAACAAACAAAAAUCCAAUACGGCAUCCAGGAAGGGGGAUCGUCAGAGCAGUUUUUCAAGAACACCAAAGUAUCAGUUUAUAAGAAAAUGUGGGACUAUAUGUCCAAUGCGCAACCGCGGGUAUUUGAGCCAGAUACACUGUCCGGGGUAAACCGAGUGCGCAAGUCAAAGGGGAGGUAUGCCUUCUUGCUGGAGUCGCCCUGGAAUGAGUAUUAUAACCAGCAGCUUCCAUGUGAUACAAUGAAGGUCGGUCCAAACCUUGACUCCAAGGGAUACGGAGUGGGUACUCCUGACAGAUUCCCUCUGAAGGCUGAACUUAAUCGUGAAGUUUUAAAACUGAGAGAGUCAGGCGAGUUAUGGCGGCUUCAGCAGAAAUGGUGGUACGAUAGAGGGAAAUGUGGCUCUGUCGAUGGCAAGGAAUCUAAAAAACAAGAUGCUUUAACGCUGAGUAAUGUUUCGGGCGUUUUUCACAUCUUGAUUGGCGGGUUGGGUCUUGCCAUGAUGACAGCGUUAGUAGAAUAUCUCUUCCAAGCCAAGCUGCGUCCUAAAAAGACAAAGGCAUCAGUAGAAAUAAACAGCUCUAGGGAUUGCCGGAAAAGGGCACGAAUGUCGCAACUGUACGCGCCCACCUACGGAGAAAGGGAAAAUGGCGGGGUAGCUACAUAUUCCUUCACACCCCCGGGCCAGUUAGUGACAUUUGAAGGUGUUGCUGAGGGUAAUACUCAAACACAAGUGUGACCCGAAAGUCAUUUGCGGAAUCUUCAGCAGAACUAACGCUCAAAGCGUCAGUCGUCUACAUCCGGGCUUUCGAUGAACUGUGACAGUGGGAUCAACUCUCUCAUCAUUGCCAUGAAGAAACACUCCUCGUUGAUUUCGUUUACUUGGGACACUGACCAUUGUGUCAGUUUUGCGAUGUAAUUAUUUAACUUUUUGCUUUCUUUGGAAAAACUCCAGUACCUCGUGGAAACAUCCAGAUAUCAUGAUAACGAUUUCAUUAAAUUUUACGUUGCUUCUUAAUAUAGGUAAUACUGGCAUACCUGGAAAACGGAACACAGUUUUAUGCAAACCAUCGGGAAUGGGAUGAAAUGAAACUCCCAUGUACAGCGUACGUCUCAUCAAACUCCCUGUAUAAAGCCAUGUAAAGUUUGUACAUAACAAAUCUCCUGCAGAACAAUAUAUAUAAAUAUAUAUUCAUGCUAUGUAAAUUCUCUCGGUAGAGAUGCUAUCAUUUUAUAAGUCCUUGUGUCAACAAAGUUAAUUAUUCGAAACAUGGGCACUCUGUAAAUCUAACCAAGAGCAGACAGAUGUGUUGAAUGGGGAAGACUUUUGUCGCUUAUCGAUUGACUAUUUUCCAUAGCUGUUGGUAUUCGAUUUAAUAGUGCUUGAUUUAAGAAAACCCGCUGUACGUUUCACUCGAUCAAGUUUCUGGGUAUAGGUGUACAUGUUUUCCGUGUGUUGGCCAGGAUAUUCUGCGUAGCUGUAGAUAUCUGAUUUCACAGCGUUUAAUUUAUAGGUGAACAGGUUCCACCAACCUGUACAUAUUUUUCAUAUGGUGAGCGAUCUUUAUUUACCUUCCCUUAUUGAUUCUCAUAAUUACAUUCCAUAAAGUUAACUAUUCAUUGUAUGAUAAACAUGCACUGUGACUAACCACUGGUUGUAAUCUAUCGUUGUGACCACAUACGAUUUCACAUCACUGUCAUUUCAUCAUGCCUAAUAAAAAUAAAUUC